AUGGACUUCAAUAAGAAGCCCAUGCUUGUCUUCCACACUCCACCACCUCUCGAUCCAGUAUGGCUCGCCCAUGAGAAGUCUGCAAAUCUGCUCGCCCCAGCACCCGUCCUCACUUCUUCCAGUGAGAGACAAAAGCUCUACGCUGACUCCUGCCGAAAGCUAAAUGCUGAGCUCCUUGCUGGACGAGACAAACACCUCACUGAAGGAAUCAAGAUCCAGGAUACAAGUAUCGAGUCCAAUUCUGGCACGUCAAACCCUGUAGAUGUUCCAAUUAGAAGCUACACUCCUGCUGGGACCGAGCCAGACGCCGAGAACGUAUCCAUAGUGAUCUACUUCCACGGUGGCGGUCUCUACGUUGGUGACCUCGACAGCGAAGACCUAACUUGUCGCAGAAUAUGCAAGUCCUUGAACUGCACAGUCUACUCAGUGGACUAUCGCCUCAUGCCCGACCACACAGCCUCAGAUGCACUCGCCGAUGCCAUCACUGCUUUCCGGGCUAUCACAUCGAGCAGGAAAGCCGGUCAUUGGAUCGUGAUGGGAAGCUCGUCCGGUGGACAACUCGCUGCGCAGGUACCACAGCAUUUCUUGAACAAGGAUGGCAAGUCGCAAAUUCAUGGUGUCUUGCUGAGAGGACCAGUGACGUGCGAUGCUACGGAUGGUAAAAAGAACGUUCCUGCGAGGUUCAAGGAAUAUCACACGUCCAUGUCUGAAGCGUUCUUUACUUCUCUCUUAACCAAUGCGGCUGUGAAUAGUCAGAAUAGAACGAAGGAGCCUUUGCCGCUGGAAGUGGAGGAUCUGUCAGGUAUGCCGAGACAUUGGAUCCAGGUCUCGACGAACGAUCUGUAUUAUUCAGAUGGUUGUUGUUAUGCGGAAUCAUUGAAGUGGAGUGGUGUAGAUGUCAAGUUGGAUGUUGUUACGGGUUGGCCUCAUACCUUUUGGUUGAAGGCGCCGUACUUGGAGAGGGCAGUGCAGGCGGAGAGAGAUAUGAUUGAGGGGUUAAGAUGGUUGCUAGAGAGCGAGAUUGAGCAUGAGCUGUAA